UUGUCAUAUUUUUAAUUACAACGUAUUUCGCAUUUUCCCUCGAGUCUGUUUGUUUCUGUUAUCUAUCGAUGGCAACAACGAAAUAACAAAAUAUACUCUGGGAUAUGUGAUAAUAGGAGUAUGUAGAUUGCCGAAUACGCGAGUUUCAUUGUCAAUCGCACCUACCUACAUGUUUUAAAUUUGAAUUUUUUUGAGACUUUGAUAAGCUCAAUAUGGAGGGAAGCAGAAGUAAUCUGUAUAUUUUAUUUUUCCUCGCAUGCUUAAUUAGCCAGGUCCACAAUGAUAUGUUGUAUAAAACGUAUCGUUGCGAUAAUGGCAAAUAUAUUCGUAAUGAGUGGUUUUGCGAUGGCGAUAAAGAUUGCGACAAUAGGGAAGAUGAAAGCACUGGAGUAGCUGCAACAGCAUGCAAACGAUAUGGCUGUAAUAGAGGAAAAUUUCAAUGUGACUCGAGUCAAUGUAAGAACGUUACUGUACGGUGUAAUACUAUAAAAGAUUGCGAUGAUGGCACUGAUGAGUUGAAUUGUGGAGAUCAAAUCAAUGUGAAGAAUUGCACGAGCCCGGAUAAAUUUUUGUGCCAUGAUGGGCUGAGGUGUCUGGAUUUAGAUUUAACAUGUGAUGGUUAUUGUAAUUGUUUUGAUUGUUCUGAUGAAAAUAGCAACUGUUCAAAAACUGAUUCGAGUAUUAUGAAGAAAUGCCCAAAUGCAUAUUUUGUUACUGCAAAUGGUCCACAAUGUUUGUGUGAUUCAAACGAUAACCAGUCCACCCCGAUGUGUAGCAAUAUUGGACCUUGCGCUCGAUAUUCAAAUUGUGAACAACGUUGCAUAAAAUUCAAAGCAAACUCGCAAUGCUCGUGUUUCGAAGGUUUUCAUCCAGUCAACGGUUCGAAUGGUGUCAAUUGCAGGAAUAAUGUCUGGUACGGAAAUGCUGUUUUGUAUGCGACUAUGUUGAAGAUAAAAAUGCUGAAUGUUACUUCCAAAAGCACUAUAAUUGUUCAAAAUGAAGUGCACAAUUGUACAGCUUUAACCGCUGCGAAUAAUAACCUUUACUAUGCGACAACACUUUUGAAUAAUUAUGGAAGUAUAUCGAAAUCGUCGAUUACCGCUUAUGCAAAAUCUGAAACGUUAAUUAAAACGAGUUCACCCAUAAUCUCAGUUGCGAUUGAUUAUAUUACAAACAACAUAUACUACACGAGCAAUAAUUCACUGACAGUUUGCACGAAUAAUGGACAAAUUUGCAAGCUAUUGAAAUGUUGCGAUAUAGGUGCUGUUGCUCUUGCUCCAAAAUCAGGGUGGGUAUUCUAUUUGAAAGCGCAUUCAAUGUAUUCUGCCAAUUCAGUCCUAUUAAUGAAAUCUAACAUGGACGGAUCGAACGAAACUAUUUUUUCGGACGAUGUGUACAGAGGUGAUGUUUCCAUCGCAGUUGACGAAUCAGAAUCCAAAUUGUAUUUGUUAGCUGUCACAGACGGCUAUUACAAGGCUAAAGUUGAGCGAAUAUCUUUCGACGCUGAAUUUAAAGAGUCUGUGGAUACGCGCAAAGUGAGAAGUUUGACUGUUCUCACCAACGACACAUUCUUCAUAAUUGACCAAAGAAAUGAUAUUUAUCAUACGAAAGAGCUCCGCGAUUUGAGGAACACGAAUGAUGAUUCGAAUGCAUUUUUUCGCGAUAACAGCACAUCAACUACGAAAUUUUUAUACGGAUAUAAUUAUUUAUUGCAACGUAGUGAUACGAAUCCUUGCCAAAAAUCAUCCUGUCGUGGCAUAUGUCUCACCAAACCUGCCAUCUCUUCAUAUUCCGCUGCCACUUUGACCUAUUCUUGCGUCUGUGAUAAUACUACUCAAACUAAUGAUGAUCCAAUGUGUUCAAAUUAUCGUGCACCAGUUGCAAAAAGUGGCAUUUCCCUUGUGAUGGUGAUCUUGUUAGCAUUUGUUAUCUUAGGUAUCGGAGGGGUGGUGGGUUAUUUUGUGUUUCUGAAAAAAAACUGGUAUCAGUAUUUCGCAACGUUACGAGGAUGGCAGCAAAGUAAACGUGAUGGUUCGGGCGGAAUUAUGAAUGACUACGAUGGAUAAGUCAGCAAAGUAGGUAAAGUGUAGAAAUUGUAUAAAAAUUUAAAUUGUACCAAAGUAUUUUGAGAUUAAAUUAUUCUUUUCAAA